AUGGCAAAAGCAAAACAAGAGAAUAAAACAACUGUCAAUGAAUUCCUUCUGCUGGGCUUUGGGGAUCUUGGGGAUCAGCAGUGGCUCCUGUUUUUGCUCUUCUUAGUGAUCUACAUUGUGACCAUGGUGGGGAACAUCCUCAUUGUGGUGCUAGUAGUGGUUGACCACCAUCUUCACACACCCAUGUACUUCUUCUUGGUGAACUUGUCAUGCUUGGAGAUCUGCUCCAGCUCCAAUAUCCUUCCUGUGAUGCUGGUUAAUUUGUUUCAUGGGGGUCAAGGAACCAUUUCUGUCACAGGCUGCAUGACACAAUAUUACUUUGUUGCUUUCUUAGGAGCUACAGAAUGUUAUCUCCUAGCAGCGAUGUCUUACGAUAGAUAUGUGGCAAUAUGUAAGCCGUUGCUUUAUAUGGUACUUAUGAAUGGUAAGGUGUGCCUCCAGCUAGUAGCUGGAUGUUUGGCAAGUAGUUCCUUGGCUGUUGACAUAGUUCUAUUCUUACUACACCAACUGACUUUCUGUGGUCCCACUGAAAUCAACCAUUUCUUUUGUGAUUUUGAUCCAUUCUUAAAACAUUCUUGCAGUGACACACAUACCAUAGAACUUGUAGCUUUAUUUCUAACUGCUCUGUUUUCCCUACCUCCAUUUUUGCUGACCUUGACAUCAUACGGCUACAUCAUAUCUGCCAUUGUGAGAAUCCCAUCUGCCUCUGGGAGGCAAAAGGCCUUUUCGACUUGCUCCUCCCACCUCACUGUGGUGUCUAUUUUCUAUAGCUCCAUAAUAAUUGAUGAAAUGUUGCUCAGAACAGAGGCUCUGCAAGACCUCAACAAAGUCUUCUCGUUUUUCUACACAGUCUUGACCCCUUUGUUCAACCCCCUUGUAUACAGCCUGAGAAACAGGGAGGUAAAGGUAGCUUUCAGAAAGGCUAUAGGUAAGUUUUGUGCAUUUGAAAGAAUAUGA